CGGGGGAGAAUUGGGAAGAGGACGAUUGGCGACCGCAUUUCGAGGAGGCCGAACCGGGUGAGACCGCAGAAAACAGUGUGCUGGCUGGGAUGAUCGCUGAGCUGAUGAAAGACUCCCAGGUGCAGCUGGUGAUGGAUUUGGACCUCCUGAGGUCGCUGUUUAUCCACCCGACGAGUCGGAUUCAGACGACAGUAGCCAGUGGUGAUGAGUCGUAUGUGCGGCAGUUGUUGUCGUUGUUGGAACCGUUGAAAGUACAUGGCCGAGUGGAAUACGACGUGUCGGCACCGUGUCUGGCCGACCUAUCGCAUUUUCUGUGGUCAGCAGUGGAGUACGCGCGCGCGCAGCGAGAAGUGACGUCAUACUGCAGAAACUGCUCUUGUGACGGACGCGCGCAUAACACCAAGCAGUAUCAGUGGAUCUUCGAU